AUGUCGACUCCUACUCAACCUCCCUUAACGCCUAAGGGCCCCCGAAACAAUCGUCGCAACCAGAAGAGAAUCACAACUCCAUCAUACCAGAACGCCGCACCGCUCGCGACGCCCCCCUCUUCGCCACCCAGGACUCUCAGUCCUCGAGGUGCAGCUACCGACUCCUCCAGCAUCAUUCUCUUGUCCAAGAAGAAGGGAAAUCGAUCGUCAAAGAAAUCUCACGACGCGUCGAGGACGUCCCCUGUCAAUAAGCCCAACCAUCGGCACACCUCCUCGCAUCCGAGCAACAACAUCCCCACUUCUCACCUCAAAGAUACUCACUAUGCCGGUCCUACCUUUCACGCGUCGCCUGCGCCUUCGACCCUGCCGAUUCCAAGCUUUAUUUCCAAAUCAUUUCCAGAGACUGACCUCGCAACUACAAGCGAGCAUGACAGCGACAGCUUUGAUGCUGACGCAGAUUUUGAAAGCACACCGUCGAAGCCCAAGUUGCGACCUUCAGUUUCACAGGAUGGGCGGGAGUCCACCCCCCUCGAUUUCCUUUUCAAAGCUGCUGUCGAUGCCAGGAACCGCCCCUCUCAGCAAAGUCCUGAACCGAGUCCUCGAGUUCGCUCACCGCAGACCGACUCUAAAGCUAUGCAACAGCGUAGGUUCAAUACCGACACCAGCGCAAUGUUUCCCCUCGAGAUGGGGGCAUCGGAUCUGCGUCAGCCACAAAUUGGGCCUUCUUUUGCCCCGUCAUACAAGGAUCGCAUGAAUGCUUUACGAUCGGCUAGCUCGCCGUCACCCAAUCUCCAAGACCUCGACGAGCAAGAACGGAAAGCGAAAACGGAAGCUCUGAAGACUUUAUUGCUUAACCCUCGUCCGCAACGGCCAUCAUCUGUCUUUCAUUCGAGCCACAAUAAGGAACAUAGUCAUGAACGGCCAGGCCCUAAUCCCCUGGUACCUCAUUUUGCAACUCCUCUUAGGACGAGCUCCGGUCCUCCAACUAUCACUUCACGCGGCGACUUUUCAGGCAAGCAACCCCCUCAAUCCGAGUUCGUACCGCUGUCAGGGCCUCACCAUACACACUUCAAUUCGCCACAAUAUCACACGUACCAAGAUCCCUUUGGGAGAGGAGUUCUUGCUUCGAACGUUGGGAAUACGCCAAGCACGUCAAGACAAGGAUAUGGGUCACCUUCCGCCCCCUACCCUUACGGAAAGCUUUCCUCCAGUCAGCAGAGUCCAGCCCAUUACUCUCAGUAUCAAUCUCAGUCGCCUGCUCCUCAGCCUGUCUCGGCCAACGCUAACCUCCCGGCAUUUGAUACUAAGAAGAUGGAGGACGACUUACGGAGAAUCCUGAAACUCGAUGUUAAUCCGGGUAUCCCCACGAGUGGCAUUCAGAGCUCACUUGCAUAA